UGACUCAGGAGGCGGGGCUGUGGCUCUCAUCAGCCAGUAGCUGUAAACGACAACCAGGAUCUCUGCAAAGCAAGGGGAACAUAACGGAACACACAAUAUUUACCAAUAUGACUACCAAGAUAGCGUUACAAACGUGGUGCUAAUGAAUAAAAACAGGAUAUUAUUGCGCAAGCCGUAUAUUCGGCUUCUGAGGUAGAGAUUUGGCCCAGCUUCUUGGGCUUUACAUUGAUCAUUUAGGAUGGCCUGGAUAUGGAAGAAGAAGUCGGUGAUCGUGACGGGCCUGGUCGUGGUGGUGUCUCUCUUCGUGGUGGUGGUGAACUACUCUGAGAAGCCGUAUGACCUGCUGCAGCCCGUCUUUGGCCACGGCUUCAGUGGACACUGGAUGUUCUCUCGGCAGCCGGCCAAGGUGUUCAAGCCCCAUUUUGGAUACAUUAGCAUCCCUAAACAGGAGCCGCUGAAGCUGCAGUGUGACGUGUGCAGCAUGGUGUCCAGCUCGGGCCAGAUGCUGGGCCAGCAGAUGGGUCCGGAGAUCGACCGCUCCUCCUGCAUCUGGCGCAUGAACAACGCGCCCACCAAGGGUUUCGAGGGCGACGUGGGCCAGCGCACCACCUUGCGGGUGGUGUCCCACACCAGCGUGCCGCUGCUGCUGCAGAAGCCGCAGUACUUCUUCGGCGGCCAGGCCAACGACACGGUGUACGUGGUGUGGGGCCCGCUGCGCAACAUGCGCAAGGACGGCAAGGGCAUCGUCUACAACAUGCUAAAGCAGGCGGUGGAGAGCUACCCACAGGCUCGCAUCUACGUCACCACGGAAGAGCGCAUGAACUACUGCGACAUGGUCUUCAAGAAGGAGACGGGAAAAGACCGCAUCCAGUCCGGAUCCUACCUCAGCACUGGCUGGUUCACACUCAUCCUGGCCAUGGACAUGUGUAAAGAGAUCCGGGUUUACGGCAUGAUCAACGACACAUACUGCAAGACAAAAGGCUACAGGAAGGUGCCAUACCACUACUACGAGGCGGGGAGCCGAGACGAGUGUGCCGAGUACCUGCUUCAUGAGAGUGCCCCAUAUGGUGGCCAUCGCUUCAUCACCGAGAAGGCCGUCUUCGCCAAGUGGGCCAAGACGCACGCAAUCAAGUUCUUUAACCCAGAGUGGCAGAUCUCGUGACGACCCACAUCCACACCCACAAGACGUGCACAGUUCACAUACGUACACUUUCCCCACAACACAACACCACUCUCUCUCACACACACACACACACGGACACACACAG